CUUAAUGUGACUCUGUAGUUGGUGUUUUCAUCCGGUUGGUAAUCAAAAACGCACCCACACCUGAGUUGCUGUAGCAACUGGUGCUGCUUCUGGUUGUAGCUGAGGAAUUAAACACGUUAACGCGGCGAAAGAUGGACUAAACUUACUUUGUGUGUGUUUUUCUAGUCUGCUGCGCUCUUUGACAAGGAAGUUAUCGAGUUAAGAUGUCGCCCAUCAGCAGUCUUGUGCCUGCACGGUUCCUGACCAUCAUUGCCCACCUUGUUAUUGUCAUCACCAUCUUUUGGACGAGGGAAUAUAACGUGAAGGCCUGCCUGCCUUUGGAGUUCACACAAGAGCAAUACAACAGUGAAGACUUAAAGUUGGUGGUGGCGCUGUCAGUCACACUUGUGCUGUUCGCGAUCGAGCUAGCUGGGUUCUUCUCAGGAGUGUCCAUGUUCAACGGCAGCCAAGGCUUACUGUCAACAGGAGCCCAUGCCAGUGGCUCGGUGGCUCUGCUUUUCUUUCUAUUUGAACAAUGGGAUUGCGCCAUCUACUGGUGGAUUGUUGCCUUCUGCAGGUUAGUUUUCCAAAAGGUUUUUUUUCCCCUGACAUUAGCUUCACCCAGCACUGACAGUCCACUGCAGCGCAUCCGUCUCCUUGUCUUUUUUUGUGUUUGAGAAGUGGGAGUGCUGGACAUAUUGGAUUAUUUUUGCCCCCUGCAGUGUGCUGCCUGCCUUAAUGGAGAUUGUUCUGUUCAUUGCUGUUUUUGGACUGGCGAAGAAGCCAUUAUGAAAGGCUGCCCUAGUGUGAAAUCCCACAAACUAAUGUGGAUGUGUGACCACAUGGAUGAAUAUAAUGUAGAAAAGGCAUUUGUUGUAUUAGGUUUAUCGUGUUCACAUGUAGGCAACUUGGUAGCCUAGUGGUUACCACGUCUGCCUCACAGUCGAUAGAUUCUGGGUUUGAAUUUCAUUUUGGGCCCCUCUGUGUGGAGUUUGGCUGUUCCCCUUGUGCUCGUGUGUACUCUGAAUUCCUCCCACACUUCCAAAAACAUGCAUCUUAGGUUCACUGAAGAUUCAAAAUUGUCCUUAGGUGUAAAUGUGUGUGUGAAUGGUUGUCUAAAGGUCCCCUGCGAUUGGCUGGUGGCUUGUCCACGGUGUACCCAUCUGCCACCCAAAAUCAACUGGUAAAAGCUCCAUCGCACUUGCAACACAAAUGCUAUAGAAAAUGGAUGGAUGGAUGUUCACAUGUAUUGCUUUUGUAUUGUCUGGUAGAAGUCUAUCACUGCAGCUGUGAAUGUAUCAGACGUAAAAUCCAUCCAUCCAUUUUCAGAGCCGCUUCACCUCACUAGGGUCGCGGGCGUGCUGGAGCCUAUCCCAGCCAUCAUCGGGCAGGAGGCGGGGUACACCCUGAACUGGUUGCCAGCCAAUCGCAGGACACAAACAAACAACCAUUCGCACUCACAGUCACACCUACGGGCAAUUCAGAGUUGUCGAUUAACCUACCAUGCAUGUUUUUGGGAUGUGGGAGGAAACUGGAGUGCCCGGAGAAAACCCACGCAGGCACGGGGAGAACAUGCAAACUCCACACAGGCGGGGCCGGGGAUUGAACCCCGGUCCUCAGAACUGUGAGGCAGACGCUCUAACCAGUUAUUCACCGUCCCGCCCAGAUGUAAAAUGAUAAAUAAAAUAUGUAUUUAUAUUUGA